AUGGAGGAAGACCAAAAGAGAUUUAUUGAAAGAGGUUCCCACAAAGGAAAAGGAUUAGCAGUUUUCACUAGUGGAGGUGACUCUCAAGGUACUGGACAAUUUAUACUUUAAUAUACAUAGUAAUAUAGAGAUAAAUUAGUUCAAUUAUAAUUAUUUGUCUUCAUUAUUAUAUUUAAUUUAUGAAAUUACUAUAUAUAAUAUAACUUGAUUGUAUACCUUACAAAUAAUUACUUACCUAAUACAUUUUUGAUUAUACAAAUAAAUGUAUUGACAUUGUCUGUUAUUAUAAUUAAAAAUUAACAAUUAUUAGUUAGAAAAUAAUUAUUGGGUACUAUUAAACUUUGAACUUUACUAGUACUUUAAAUUUCAUUAUUUGAUGUUUCUAUUGUUUAAUUAUGAAUAUUUAUCUUCAUUUUAAGAUUUAAUUUAUGAAAUUAAAUUACUAUACAUAGUAUAACUUAAUUGAUUGUGUAGCUUAAAAAUAAUUGCUUAAUCCAUUUUUUACUAUACAAAUAAAUCUAUUAACACUGGAUAUGCCUAUUAUUAUAAUUAAAAAUUAAGAAUUAUUAGUUAGAAAGUAAUUAGUAGGUACUAUUAAACUUUGAACUCUACUUCAAAUUUCAUUAUGUGUUGCCCUGAUUAAUACUAUAAUAUGUACUAGUAAUAUUUACAGUUUUUAUUGUUGUCAUGAGUAAUCUGAUAAUUAUAAAAUAUUAAAACUUAUAUUAACAUAUUUAUUAUACUAUAUUAAAAAAUUGUUCUUAAUGAAUAUAUUUAUUUUUUAUUUUUCUGUUAAUUUGUUAUAUUUUUCAUGGGUAGACAGAUAGUUUGUAUAAUAUGCAAAUCAUUAAGUUUUAUAAUUAUUAUUUGUUAAUUAUUUAAGCAAGUAGUGCCUAUAAUAGUUAUACCUAACUUUGGUAACACCAAUGAUUAGUUGAUAUAUAUAUAUAUAUAUAUAUAUAUAUAUUAACUUUAUUAAUAGUAUAUGCUUUGAAUAAUAGUAAAAAUUAAAAUAUGAUGGAUAUAUUAUUAUUUUAUAGUACCUAAUAGUAUUAUUUCAAAAUACUACAUCAAGUUUGAUAUAUUUAUACAUCAAUUUAGUACUAGAAAUAGUUUUAUGUAUAACUUUUGAGUAAUUUGUAUCAAUAUUUUUAGUUUUAUUAUACUUAAUCUUUGAAAUUUGAUUGUAGUAAAAUUAGUUUUAUGUUUUCUAUGCCUUUCUUAUUUCAAUUUAAAAUUUGAUUUUAAUUAUUAAUCAUGAUAACAUUAAUUAUUUUGAAAAUUACUUUUACUAAUAUUUUUUACAGGUAUGAAUGCUGCUGUUCGGGCCGUUGUUCGUAUGGCCAUAUACCUUGGCUGCAAGGUGUUUUUCAUUAAAGAGGGUUAUCAAGGUAUGGUAGAUGGCGGGGAUAAUAUAGUAGAAGCUAACUGGUCUUCUGUAUCAUCUAUAAUACAUAAGGUGUGUUGAUUAAAUCAUAAAAUUUACAGGUAUAUCCUUUAGCAGAUAUGUUUAUAUAAGAAAUAUGUUCUCAUAAAUAUGUAUUAUUAUUGAAUAUGCACUGUGUGUUACAAUCAACUACAUGUUUUGAAUUUGUAUUAGUUUGUCAGUUGUAGAUAAAAGUUAUCUAUAAAGAAUGCACUAAAAAAAAUUAAUAAAAAUAAUUUUAUCUUGAGUAAAUUUAAUACAUAAUAUACAUAUAACGACCAAAAAGUAUCUAUUAAUAUUUUUUAAAUUUUAGAAAUUAUUAGUGAUUACAGUUGGACCUUAAUUAUGUAAUAAGUAAUUGUAGAUUAUAAUUAAAUUUAAAAAUCAUAUAAAACCUAUAUUAGGUAUAUUGAUAUUAAAAUACUGUACCUUCAUAUGCUACUGCUGUGGGAGAGAAGUAGGAAAGUUAUAUAUAUCGGGUAAUUCAAUUUAAAUUAUGAAUAUAACAAUAAAUCAAUGUGAAUAAAAUUUGAUUCUGAGUGGUUAAACGUUUUUUGAUAAUAUCAAAUUGAAAAUUAUAUCCAUUUGUAGCAGUAAAUUAAUUGAAAAAUAUUUGGGUGUUUCUUUUCAGUGUAUAUUUACACAAUCUAUCAUUGUUAUACUCAUUUUGACCUUCAAAUAACCCCUAGCUGAGUUGAUACUAACAACAGAGUCAUAACAGUCAUCAUAUCUUGAUAAUUUCACAACAAAAUUAUAAUAACUUUUUUUCUGAAAAAUAUUUUAUAAAUUUAUAAAAGAAAACUCGUUUUCUCACACUUCAAUAAUUAAAACGUUAAAACUAUAUUUAAUUUGUACUAUGUAAAAUAAUGUAUUUUACCUAUCACAUAAAAGGCUCUACAAAAAAAAUUACCUUAUAAAAAAAAAGGACAUAUUUCGGUUAAAUAAAGUUACCAUUUUCAUUGCAAGAUCAUUGUCUAAGCGUCUGACUUAAAUUAACAAACUUUAUUACUAAAUAAAUAAGAUCAUUAGUUCUGUCCUAUAAGAUUAGGUUAUGAAUGACAACAAAACAAAAAUAAAGUCAUUAUUAUUGUUCUAUGACACCACAGGACAAUAAUAAAAUCAUUAAUGUGUUUACCAAGUACCGUCUGACAUGGUGGAAAAAACUAUUCAAUGAUGAUAUACCUAUUUCAUAUAACUUUAAUAUUUGUUUUUUUUUUUUUUUUGGUAUUUUAAAUAAUAUUGUUUAGAUUCAUACAUUUAUAAUUUAUAAUAUUUAUUAUAAAAUUUUAAACUAUUUUUUUUAUCAAUUAUUCAAUUAUAAGAUAAUAAUGAAUUUUGAAUUUAAAAAGUUAUUUGCAAUUAAUAAUUUGAAGAAGGAACUCAUAAUUUCCAACCAUUUUAUUAAAAAUAACUUAUCAAAUCUGAACAAAUUUUUUCUAAAAUCAAUAAUGCAUUACACAAAAUAAUUUUAUUUUUUACAUAGUAGGAGCUAAAAUUAUUUUUAAAAAUCCCAAUUUCAUUGUACUUGUUUGACCUUUAAUUAUAAAGCAUAAUAACUCUUAUGUAGUAAUUGUAUUUUUUUAUUAUUAGGGUGGUACUGUAAUUGGUUCAGCACGAUGUAUGGAUUUCAAAGAGCGUGUUGGGCGUGUGAAGGCUGCUUGUAACCUGGUUAAACGUGGUAUUACAAAUUUGGUGGUUAUUGGAGGUGAUGGCUCUCUGACAGGAGCUAACCUAUUUAGACAAGAAUGGUCUAGCCUCUUGGAUGAGCUAUUACUGACAUCACAGAUUAAUAAGGCAGAACGGGAAAAAUAUGCACAUUUGAAUAUUGUUGGACUGGUUGGUUCUAUUGAUAAUGAUUUUUGUGGCACUGACAUGACAAUUGGUACUGAUUCUGCAUUGCAUCGUAUUAUGGACGCAAUUGAUGCUAUUGUAUCAACAGCCUAUUCACAUCAGAGAACAUUUAUCAUGGAAGUAAUGGGACGUCAUUGCGGGUAUGUUUGUUAACUUGAAUUAUUAAAUAUUAUAUCAUAAACAAAAAUUAUAAAAACUCCAAAAAUCAGGUGAUUCUAUGAUCUUAAAAUUUAAUAGUUAUCGCAAAGAUUAAGGAUUUUGAUUAAAUCAAUUUUAUUAAUUAUUUUUAAUCAGUUGUAAUUUAUCAACAUUGUCGGCGUUGUAAUUUAAAAAUAAACCCAGAAAUCUCCCUAUUUCUAUGAAUACUAGAUUUUGGUUAGACGAGUAUUGUGUUUUUGAUGUCGAGUAUUAUUUUGUUCGAUUCGAGUCAAGUUAAUCGAAAAUUACGAGUAUUCGAAAAUAAGUAGGGUUGGGUAAAGUAUUGUUUUUUUGAUGUCAAGUCUAGUCGAGUUUAAUUGUACUCGAAAAUUUAAUAAAAUCAAUUAAAUCGAGUCGAUUAUGUGUAUUGCAGGAUGGUCCAUAUUACAGUAGUCACUAGUCAUUAUACAACUAAAUAAUAAACACGUAAAAACAAUAACAUUCUAUUUUUAUAAAUUCAAACAAUGAACCUUCUAGUUAUUUUUCGGGUUUUUCUUAUGAGUUAUCGGAAAUAUUUGGGUUUCGAGAUAUUUAUAGUUUUUAAUAUUUUUCAAACGGUGUAGUAAACAGAGUACAAAAAACACCUUAAUCGAGUUUGAGUAACUUGACAUUUUUUUCAAAGUAAAGUACUCGCCUAACCCUAUUAGAUUAGAUUAAUUUUUUACUUUCACAAUAAUGUUUAACAAUGCUCAAGGUGUAUUGCCCGCAAAAACCAAAUAAAUAUUAUAAUGUAUGUAAGUUACUUGUGACAACAAUGAAAUUUGAUAUUAUUUGUUUACCUAAGUAAGAUUCUUGUAGCAACGAGAAAUUAAAAUUCAAGUGACAGAGCAUGCAGUAUAUAAAUUGAAUUUUAAAACUAGCUUUAAGAUCUUGUCAGUAUUUGGUGUUCCGUGUGGUUAUUUUCAAAAUUUUGUUGAACAUCUAACACACAGGUGUACAAUUGAUUAUAAAUGACCAAUUAUUCAGAAGAAUUAUUAUUGUAUUAUUUAUUUAUUUAGUUUUUUUUUUUUUAUCUUAUCUGGAUGGUAUAAACUAUUAAGUAUUAAAUAUUUAUAUAAUAUAUAGUGUGAGUAAACUGUUAUGAUAAUUUGUAUUAUAUGUAAUAAAAUACAUGAGAUUAUUCAUUUAUUCAUAAGGGCAUACAAGUAAAUUUAUGAUGUGAGACUUUUAUGGAACCUAUAUUUACUAAAUAUUUACUCGUCUAUUAUAUUGUCUAGUUGAUGACUUAAAUACUUAGAUAUCUUAAAUAUAAAUAUAAAUACUUGAAGUUUUUAAUUUAAUUUUGAUAACGUUCCAAUGGUUUUUCUUAUCUUUUUUUUAUGAAAUGUAUUUAUUAGUGGUAGUCAAUUGCUCAUAUAGUUUAAUUUAAUAAUUAUGUGAGAAAUACAAAUAACUUUUUUGUUUUGGAAUUUCUCAUCAAAGGAUCGACGGAAAUCAAAAAAUUCAACACUAAAAUGUAUUUUAAAUAAUAUUCUUUCUAUUUAUGAACUUUUUAAUAUAGGUUGCCAUUUGAAAAUCAAAAGUAGGUAGUGGUUUUACCUCCAAAAAUAAGGGUGACGAAAAUUAACAUAAAUAUAAAAUUGUAGAGCUGCUUGUUUUUUUGAAUGUUAUAGAAAACAAAUUCCGAUAAAAAUAAAUACUUUCCGAGAUAAUGAGUGUAAGCAAUUAAAUGAAUCCCCCAGUAUACAGAGUGUAUUAGGACUAUUUGACUCUGUAUAUAAAAUGUAUUGUUGUUAUUGUUAUUUAUUCAUGUAUAGUAUAAAAGAUUCUGAACGGAGGUUAUACAUAUUUAAAAAGUUCAUAAUAUUUAUAAUUUUAGUAAAAAUUUGAUAUUAAAAUUCUUAUAAAAAAAGAAGAAAAGCACAUUAAUCACUAAGCAUAACUUAUAAUAAACCUGUUAAAUUUUCAAGCAUUUCUGUUUGGUUAUAAUAAUUUUAUCCACAGAAUACCUGCCAAAUAGAAAUUAUGCAAAAUUAAAAUGUCUAUAAUCUAAAAGAGCUGAUACUGGGGAUGGGUGUAAGUAGUAAGUGGGAAGUUGAGAAGAUAGUAUGUAUAAAGUUAUUUAACUAUUGACAAAUUUAGACAAACAUUUAUAAACAAUUUAGACUAAAGUUUGAUAAGACAUAUUUUAAAAUGCCGUAAUUUUUAUGAUUUUCAUCAAAAUUUAAUUUUGUAAAUCAUAAAGUAGAAAAAAUUAUUAGAUCAACCCCACGAACCUCCCUCGAUUACGCUUAUGGAAGGCAGUAAAUAUAAUUGUGGUAGAUUAUUUUACAGUGAAAAAAAGUAAUUUAUAUCCCAUUUAUAGAACUAAAAAACUAUUUAUCAGCUAUGUAUGUUAGAUUUAAAUCUUUAGAAUAAUAUCUAUUACAAAGCUAUUAUUUUAAACAGUGAACAAAUAAAAAGUUAUAAGUAAUAUCUAUACUAUAUAUAAAAAAAAAUUUCAUGACGUGAUUCUGAAUGAAGCAAGGUUAACUACAAUGUAGUAUGUUUAUAAAACUAGUUCAACACUAAGUGCUCUUAAUAAUAAUUUGUUAAGUAUGUGUAUAGGUUUUUAAUGUAUAAAAAUAUAGAAUCAUUUUAAAAUAUAAAAUCAACCAAUUAUAUAAUAGUUAAAACAUAUUAUUUAAAUUUUGAAAAAGUCUGAUAGUUAUAAUAAUUAGCUAAUACAAAAUUAUCAGUUUAAAAGAAAUAUAAAACAAUUUAUGAAUAAUUUUGCUUUGUUAUUUAUAAAAUAAUUAAGUACUUUUUCUUAUUUCUAACUUUAAAUUUAGCUCUAAAAAUUAUAUGCAGUUUUAUUGUAAAAAGUGUUUCUAUUCUAUAUAUAACAUAGAUAUGUUGUAUGUUCUAAGCAUAUAGGUAAUAAUAAUAACUAAACCUAAUUUAGUUUUAUGUCAAUUGUAAUUUUUUGAAUGUCAAUAUUAGUAUGAAUCAUAAACAAUUUUUUUUUUUGCAGGUGUAUAUUUAUAUAUUUAUAUUUUAUUUGCACAGGUGUAACAGUACCAUUUAAUCUUAUUGAGCAAAAAAAAAUUUCCUGUUGUGAGCAGUGAUUUUAUGUGAAUAACGAAAUUUGUGUCUAUUAUUAUUUUUUUUUUUUACUGUUAAUCAAAAAACUGCUUAUAGGUAAAUAAGGUAAAUCAUCAGAAUGUUAUAAGGAACAAAUAUGUUUUUAUAGUUGAUAAGAAGAAAAUCAACAUUGACAAAGUCAUUAGCUGCAAAAUAUAAGAUUGUAUGGAAAAAAAAAUUUUCAAGGGUAAUAAUUUUAGGCUGAGAAUUUAUCAAUAUUUUAUACAUUUAUAUGUUUCAUGGCUAAUAACUUUGUCAAUGUUGAUUUUCUUUUUAUCAACUAUUGGAUUUUAUUUGUUCCUUACUACAUUCUGAUGAUUUACCUUCAUGUAAUUUUUUAACCAGUAAUAAUUGAAGCACUAAAAAAAAAAACUUACAAAUUGCGUUAUUCACUUAAAAUUGUUGUGUACACCUGUAUAAAUAAAAUAUAAAGCUCUACCAGAAAAAAACAAUUUUUUUUUUGUUUAGCCUAUUCUAUGUAGUUGUUGAAUGAUUAAUAUUGAUUAAAUCAUUAGUUAGAUCUUUACAUGUUAACUGCGGUAUGUAUUGAACCUUUCCUGUGUGGAAAUUGUAUUACCUUUAUUACGAGAAUCAUUAUAAAAAUAGUCAGAAUUUUAAUUAAUGACAUAUUUAACAAUGUAAGAGGUCUUACUUACCUAUGCGAAAGCGCAAAAACAAAUGACUUGUUAUAGCCUGGUAUUAUUGGGAGAGCUAAGAAAGUUGACAAAAAGUUGAAGAAAGAAUGACAAGUUGUUAACGCCCAUUGUAGAGAAUGAAUAUGUUUUUUGACAUAAGCUGUUAAUAUUGAUUCCAUCCUUUUUUCUAUGAUUCACAAAUAUUAUUUUUAGUGAACCAGUAAAUGGUGGCUGAAUUAAAUUAGUAUCUGGAGAAACUAUUGGGCUUAUUUACUCAUGCUUUAACAUGUUUUAAAACAUAUUGUAAAAUAAACUAGGUUAAGGUAGAGGUUACCAUUUCAUAAUAUAUUAACUAUUAAUAUCAAAAGUAUGCGUUUGUCUAUAUGUAACAUCAUUACUAUAAAAGGAUCAAUAGAAUUGUGUACUGAAUUCUGUUGUCAUAUAUGUAUUAUUUUAUGUCUGAAUUGUAUCCCUAUGCUAAAAAGUAUGAUAGUACCAAUGUUUUAAUAAUUAAAAAAAAAGCUGAUUCUGCUGAUGAGUGUGCCCCUACUAUACAAAUUAAGAUACAUAGGAUACGCAAUAAGUACCUAUAUGUAUUUAUAUGAAAUUUCUUCGUUCUUGAACUACAGCUAGCGAUCAAAUGUAGCCAUGACGAGUUUCGCACUAUUGUCUGGCUCAUAAAAAAUGAACUCUGAAAAAAAGUGAUUCCAGUGGCAGAUAUGUCUAUAUAAUUUAUAUAACAAAUAAAGAUAUAUUAAAUUGUAAUUUGUAUUUAAAAAAAAUGCAUACAUUAAUAUAAUACUAGUAAAUUAUAAUUUACUUUAAAUAAUUGUUGUAACUUGCCAGUAUAACCUACUUUCAUUCAUCAUAUUCUCUUUUGUACAUAAUAUUUUAAACAUUGGAAUUAUUAAAUAAAUUUACUAAGUACAAAAAAGCAUUAUUGGACAAAUCUGAUCACUUGAAGUAUAAUUAGUUUUAUAUUGCUAUAAUUAAUAAAUGAAUAUUAUUAUAAUAUAAGUUAAGUAUUUACUAUAAUACUAAAUAAAAAAACUACACAAAGUUUCAAAAAAAAAAAAAAACCUGACAGACUGACCUUAUUGUUGUGGAUACAACAGAUAUACUUCGCACGAUGGGUGGGCCACUGUUAUAUGUGAGAAAUUGGGAAGGUAGAGAAGAAUUUUAAUGUAUAUCUGUACAAAAUGACUAAUCAUUGCUAAUGAAAAACAUUUCUGAGCAAAGUUUGAUUAUAUAUGAUGUGAAAAACCGUAAAAUUUAAGAUUUGAAGCUAAUACAUUUCUUAAAUGUUUCCAUUUUUCCUAUGUUUAUUCCCGAUUUUUCCCAUUUAAUAUGAAAACUUCUAAGAAAAUCAAAAAGUGACCUCCCUAAAGUACCAUCCCAGUCAGAUUUCAUUUUAGAAAAAGUGCUACGCUUAACAAUCAGAAGAAAAUUUGUCCACAGAAAAAAAAUAGAAAAAUAAUAAAUACCUAAUUAAACAUCAUAAUAAAAUACAAGUUUACAAAUUUAAUAAUAAGUGUUAGCAUUAUUUUAACCAAUUUUUUUUUUGUUGAGUAGCAAUAUUGUAAUAUAUUUUAUCAAAAGUAUGCAUUUAUGAAAUUUACUGUUGGUGUAAAAUAUCUUGUGUACUUUUUUUAAAAUGUUAUGUUAUUAUAUAACAGGAUGUUUUAAAUUUAUUAUUUUUAGUAAAUUAGUGUAUUUUUACAGUUAUAAUUUGAGACAAUUAUUUAAAUUUUUUAGUUAAUAAGUUUUUUUGUUUGACACACAACAGUGUUAAAAUUUAUGUGCUAGUUUUACAAAUUUUUGAAGAAUGCUUUUUUUUAUGUCUAUUUAUAUUUUUUGUUCUUAUUUUGUAAUUAACCAGUAACAUACAACCAAUUGAAAAUUGUAUCUAAUAAAAGCUAUGCUAUAAUAAAAUAUAUGCUUAUAAAAUCAGUCAACUUCAACAGCUGGAACUGCACAAAUAUUUAUUUCUCACUUUUACAGGUAAAUUUGUUAUGUAUAUGUGAACCUUUUUUUGUCACAGUUCAAAAAUUCAAAAAACUAUUCUUAUAUAAAAUCUGGAAUAAAAAUAAUGAGUUUCUAUUUGAAAAUAAUACAUUGUGGUUUUUUUAGAUAUAAAGAAAAAAGUUAAAAUAUAAAAAUAUAUAUAAAUGAGAUACCUGUUAAAUAGAAAUAAUUUGAUAUUGAUUGUAGCAAAUAAUUCAAUAUUUAUUUUAUUUAGUAGGCUAUUUGAAUUUUAUAAAAUAUUAGUAUUUUAUUGUUAAAGGGGUUAUUUUUUACCAUAAAUUCAAGUCUUCAAGUUCAAGUCUUAUUUUGAUUAUAAGAACAUAUAUUCUUUUUAAACUUUAUUUAUUAUUUUCACUUUUGAGAAUUAAGUAUUAUUCUAACCUAUAUUUAAUUGUGUAAGUGGAAUGAGAACUUUAUUUAAUUUUUAUAACAGGAUUAUUAAUUUCUUAAAAAACUGGUUAAAAAAAAUAUAUUGUUAUUAUCUGCUAGACUCUAGAUCAAGGUGGUCCAACUUUUUGUAGUUGGCGGUUCAAUUUAUACUUUCAUAAAAACAUUGGGGGCCACAAAAAAAGAAUCAAGAAAAAAAGUGAUAUUAUUGUGUAUAUUUUAUUUUUUUUAAUAUACAAAUUGUUGCAUUACAGAUUAAUAUUAACAUAUAAUUAAAUAGUAUAAAUUAUAAAUAUAAAACUAUACAAUCUAAAUUUAUACGAUUUUGUUAUAAUAUUAUUGUGAUUUAAUUUUUAAUUAUCAAAAAAAAAUAAUUGAUUUAAUUGUGGGGGGGCCUAAAAAAAGUCUUCGAGAACUGUCUGAGACGACCACCCUGCUCUAGAUGAUUGAGUAACUUUUUUAGUAAUGAAUUAUUUAUUAAUUAUUUGUUAAGAUCAUGAUUAGUUAGGUUAUUACGGGGUUAAAUGUUAGUUGGUACUAUAAAUAUAAUGGUCUAUAAAUUUGCAAUUUGUUAAUUAAUCCAAAAUUAUUCUGAGGUAUUUAGGCUUUCAACUAUGAUGUUUUUGCAUAUUAUUAAAAAUAACAUCUAAUUUCUUGUUUUUCGGAUGGAAUAAACACAUCUCAGCCUUUGUUCGGUUGAGUUUGAAAUACUACUUAUAGAAGUAUUAGUUUAAUGUAUGAAGAUCAGCAUUAAGUAUACUACUACCAUUUUUAAUUUCCUUUCUUUGUAAAAUAAUUCUAAUAUUGUCCAUAAAUUAGACUUAAUGCUCUGUCGUAUCGUGUAUAUUACUUAGAAAACAAAUUGAACAAGGUUGUUGGUGCCAACAUUGAUCUCUAAGGGAGCUGGUGGUUUGCUGUACUCCAAUGAUUUCCUUUAUGGCCUAUAAACCAUAUUUUGUAGUGUUAAUUUAUUUUUACAAACCACAACAUUGAUAACUUAAUUAAUGAGGCCAUGUCUACACAAUAUCAUACAUUGCAGAGAGGUGCAUUGCAAUGGUUUUCAAAUUAAUUUGAAAUCUUGCAUCUAUUAAAGUUAUGAGUACGAGAGUUUCUAAGAGUUUGUAAGUGGGUGUUAUUCAGUUUUUCGUAUUAUUAUUUUAAUAAUUUUUCAUGAUUAUGUACAGAAAAUAUAUAAUAUAAUAUAUGAGAAAUUGUAGAUUGGGUAAUAAUGUGAACAUAUAGUGAAUGAUAAAUCAUUAUUGGUUUGUUUAAUUUCUUUUGAGCUAAAAUAAAAUAAGUAUAUUGAGAUUUUGUUUAAAAUACAAAAGAUUAAUAGGCACCAUUUUAUAUUUUUAAUAAAAACAAAGUCAAUCAAGUUUUGAUAGUGAAUAUUAUAAAGCCGAGUUAAUAUUCUUUAAUCAAAUAUGAGUAAUAAAAUACUUUAGAAUUUGAAUAAAUGUUUGUAUUGCACGUCUUAUUAAAUUACAUUUUAUCUACAAACAUUAUUUUGACUUUUAAAUAUGGCUAGUAUUGAUUGUGUAUAAUUUGUAUUAUGCUUUAUUGAAUUUUAAUUGCUAUAUUAUAUUGUUAUUAUAAUUAACUCGAAUAGUCAUAGAAUCACCUAAAGUAGAGUUCAAUUUAUUGUUAUUUAUUAGGUAAUUGAAAUUGACAAAUAUUUAAGGAAAUACAAUUGUAGCUAAGUCAAUUAUUAUAUUUCAUCUGUCAAAAAAAAAAAAAGUAAUAUUAUACAGUGAAAAUUUGUUGGAAAAUAAUUUAGUUAAUUUUUUUAAAAUUACUACCACCUAAUUACAUUUUACUAAUUCUGUAAAUAGUUCAAUAUGUGCAUAUUGUAUAUGUACAUUUUAUUCUCAAAAAUCGUUUUUUAAAAUCUCUGAUUAUACAAUAAAAAAUGUAUAUAUUUAUACAUUAGAGUUUAUAAUAAUCAGUAGAAAUAUUCAUGUUUUUCUAAUCAUAAUGCAAUUGACUUAGCUUUGGUUUUCAGUUUUUCUAUUGUGUUUUGAUAGCUAAAAUUGUUUAAUUAUUUAAUAACCACUACCGCAUUUCAACUUGGUAUACUUCUUAAGUUUUAUAACAAAAUAAAAGUGAUUGAAGUGUUCUUGUUUCAAGUUUAAUAACGCCGCUGUUGCAUAUAAAGGUACCUUGCACUUGUCACAGCCCUCACUAGUGAAGCUGACUACGUGUUUAUACCAGAGAUGCCUCCACCACAUGAUUGGCCGACCAAACUUUGCACCAAAUUAGAGCAGGCAAGGACAAUAUUUUAGAAAAAGAAAAACCUAUAACACUGUUACCUGAACUUUAACUUUUCAAAUACGUCUAUACACCUAUAAAUACACAUAUUAACAACAUUAUUUGCACAUUAUUCUACUAAAGCAUGAUUGUUUUCGUGUUAUUUUAUUUGUCUUCCUUAACUUUAGUGCUUAACUAUUUUUGUUUUUUUCUUGCCUGAACAUAGAUAAGGUCAUAGGAUGUCCACCAUAACAUGAAUUAAUCGUACAAAGGCAAUAAGUCAGAUUUAUUUGUGGCUAUAUGUUGUGUUAGGUGAAGUGUAGUUGCAAAACUUUAUAAGUUAUAAUAUCUAUAAUCUAUAUUUUAUAUUUAUUAUCUUUAUAUUAUAUUAUAAUAUAUUAUUGUACCUACUACUUAUGUUAAAUGUAUAAAAUGUGUUUAUUUACGUAUAAAAUCUACAUAAUAAUAUAAUAUUAAUUAUGUAAAAUGUUUUAUCCGUGAAUUAUUUCAAAUACUAAUUGGAUGUUAAGCAGAUAUAUUUGGUGGUAGUAUGCUAUAUUAAAUGAAUGUGCAGGUAUUUAGCUUUGGUUACGGCAUUGGCGUCAGAAGCCGAUUUUGUGUUCAUCCCGGAAUGGCCACCUCACCAAGAUUGGGCAUCGAAAAUGUGUAAAAAAUUGCAACAGGCAAGACUGACUUCUGUUUUACAGCAUUACAAUACAAUGCAUGAGUGUAUUAGUCUUUCAAUGUGUUAUCCUUAUAUACAUCAUAUUAUUAAUUAUACUUUUAUACUGCAGAUUAUAAAUACACAUAAUAAAUGUUUAGGUAUAAUUUUGGUAAAAAUUUGGGUUUUGAUAAAUUAUUUAUAGUAACUUGUUUUAUACAAAUUUUUAAGUAGUUGGUUAAAAUAUUUUUUUUUAUUCAGAAAAAUAUAUGACAUAUUUUUUAAAAAUAUUAUUGGCUAUAAAAUAACAUUUUCUUGAUAUUCAAGAUUGAAUUAAAUUAUUAUAAAGUAAAAUUAGUUAAAAAAGUUACUUGGAGGAUUAGGAAUAAGAAUAAUUAUUUCAAUAAUAUUAUUUUUCUCAAAAUUGUUUUUUUUUGUAUUCUAAGUUAUAAUUGGUUCAAAUUUGAAUGAUUAAUAAAGAAUAUAAUUCAAUUGCAUUUUUUUCUUUAUUGGGAUUUAAAAAAAACACAAUUUUUUAUGGUCAUUUUAUAUUCUUAUUUAUUUAAAAUCUAAAUUAAUUUGUGAAUAAAUCGAUUAUUGAUACGUGAAAAGAUAUUUAUAGAACCUCAAAAAAAAGAAUACAAAUUAUUUUAUAUUAGUUUAAAAUAUUAAAUGUCAAUAUUUUUUUGAAGAUGAAAAAUCCAUUAAACUACAAAUUUAAUUAAAACAAAAUAGAAAUCACUAAUGAUUUUUGUGAAAAUAUGAAUAAAAUGAAUUUUAUUUUUAAUGUUAACUUUAUAUUUUUACAAUAUUGUUUAUAAAUAUUAUUUGAUGCUAAUUGUACAUAGUUUGUUAAAAUUUUAAAAUUAAUUUUCUUAUUUUUUCAAAUUUAAGUAACUAAUUGUUAGUUUUCUUUCUAUUAAAGGUAGAAACCUUUAAUACCUGUAAUUUGUAUUCUAUUUUUGUUUUUUGAUAUACUGCAUAAGUAUUUAGUAAUAUUACUCCUCUAGUGGUGGAUCUAAGUUUUUUUUUUUUUGGGGGGGGGGAAAUUUUAGUUUUAUACAUUUUCAGUUUAUUUAUAAAUACAAACUAUAAAUUAGUUACUUAUCAUGUUAUUAAAACAUACUUAUCAAAAUAGAUAUCAAGUCUUUUAUAAAAUAUAUUUUUUAAAUUUGUUAUUAUUUUACGUCACAACUUUUUAAAAAUACCUAAUUUACUAACCUAGGUGCUUAGUCAAUUGGGAAGAGGCUUCUAGACCCCCUUUGUAAAUCGGCCACUGCAUUCUUAAGUUUUAACAAAUGAUAAAUAUUAAGAUUUAUGUAAUAGUUUUUAUAAGUGACUGAAAUAGUAAUAAACUAUAGAUUAUAUUAUAUGAAGGAGUAGCGAUAAUUUUAAGUGCUUGAAGUAUUAUGCUUGUAUUAGUCUUUGGUAAAUAUUUUAUAACUAAUUGGGAGUAUUUUUUGCUUAUUAAUUUGUGUAAUUAUUGUUAAAUCUAUUAUUUUAAAAAUAUUUUUAUUGAGACUGUAGAGGCUUUUAAAAGAUUACAAUAAUUAUCAUAAAUCAGAUCUAUUUUAGGUCAUGAGAAUGAAAAGAUCAAGCUCUUUCUGGGUCUUAAUACCAUAUUUAGUGGGAAAUUAUAUUUAUUUACAUUGGAUUUAAUUUGUUAGUUUUUUUUUUUUCAUUCGCAUACAAGUAUAUUAAAUAUAUUUCUAGAAAUAUUUUAGUUUGCUUUUGUCUUAAGGCGGAUCUGAGAUAACCAAAGAAAAUGCUAAUUAACAUUAGUUAUUAAUCAUUGAUCUAAUAGAGUAUUCAUUAAGUACACAACACAUUUUGUGUAUUAAUGCAACAAUACUUUUAAGUAAAUAAUUAUACAAUUUUUAACAAUGAUUUAUUGCCAAACAAAUUUUCAUCAGUUAUUAUCCUAGAUUCUAAACCAAUUGAUAUAUUUUGACACUGUUGUAAUUCGAGCCUGCAUGCUAUGGGAACUUUUUAGUUGUACUAAGCAUGUUAGAAUUGCAUUGCAUUUCUUAUUGUUUAUGUUAUACUCAUAUUACUUUUAUUCAUUUUAUUACAAUUGAAAAUAAUAUCAAUUCAAUUUUAGUAUUGGUAAAAAAAGCUUAGCCAUUUAGGUUUUUCUAUCAAUCAGUAUUAUUAUAUAUUAUAUAUAUUGUAUUAAAUAAGUUUUUUAUAUCCAUUCGUGCAGCUUUACAGGUUGUACUUAAUUUUUACAAAUUUUUAAAUUUUCUUAGUAUAAUUAUCAUUAUUAAAAAUUAUUCAAUUAUUUUCUUAAGCAAAAUAAUGGUUGUUUGUUGUUGAACACACGUGAUGGAUAACACUAUUUUUUUUCAACUUGAGCUUUUGGGAUAACGCAAAUUUUGAUUACUAAAUAUGGCAAUUUAUAUUCAUAAUACAAUACUUUUAGGAACGUACAGCAGGUCAGCGGUUGAAUAUAAUCAUUGUAUCUGAAGGUGCUAUUGACCGCAAUGGUCAACCAAUUACAGCUGAAAUGGUGAAAGAAGUGGUAGUUGCCAAAUUAAAACAAGAUACACGGAUUACAGUCUUGGGUCACGUCCAGAGGGGAGGCGCUCCAUCAGCUUUUGACAGAGUUUUGGUAAAUACCUUUUAAAAUAUAUUUUUUUUUUCUAUAUUUUGUUUACAAUAUAAAGUUUAGUAAUACUCAUCUAAUCACAUAGUUAAUAUUUCACUAUCACAAUGUCCAUGUGUUUCCUAGGGGUGCAGAAUGGGUGCUGAAGCUGUGAUGGCCCUAAUGGAAGCCACUCCGGAAACUGAAGCUUGUGUUGUAUCCUUAGACGGCAAUCAGGCAGUGCGUUUGCCAUUAAUGGUGUGUGUUGAAAAGACCAAAGCCGUAGCAAAAGCAAUGGCUGAUAAACAAUGGGAGUUGGCUGUUCAACUCAGAGGAAGGUAAAAAAAAACAUCAUAUACAUUCUUAUUAGUUCUUACAAUUAGUAUAGUAAAAUGUUUUGUUCAUUGAAAAGGAAUUGUGACUAUUAUGUCUACUUAAUAAUUAUUGUUCCAAUCUAGAUAAUAAAUACAGUGUAUCCCCCUGUGUUCGUGUUCAAUGGAUUUUUCUAGUGCUGCUAAUAUUAAUUUUUUUUUCUUUCAAUCGGUUCGUCUUUGAGGAGUACAUUGAUAUAGAGAAAAAUUAAAUUUUUAUUUUCAAUUCCUAAACACAAAAAAAAAAAAAAAAAAUAACUAUUCACUUAAGAAAAUGUUCUAUAUUAAAAUCAAUUUUAAUAGUCUAUGUAUGUAGUUUAUAGCUUGUAAAUUAUGAAAUAGUUAAGAUAUCUGUACUUAAACAUUAUUUAAGAUUGUUAUUUUCUAAUUGGUUAGCAUAUAUUAUACUCAGUGUUAGAAAUCUAAUUUGGUAUACUAAUGUGUUGAAUUAGUAUAAAUUUGUUGACCAUAUAAUGGUCAUGCUGGGAAAUUUAAAUAGUUUGGAUGAUUAAGCCCUGAAACUAGUUGCCAGAAUUAAUGUUUGCUAUUAUUUUAUUACAAACCCAUAGGAGUUUUGCAAGAAAUUUGGAUACUUACAAAAUGCUGACACGUUUAAAGCCUCCUCGUUCUGCGUUUGAUGAAAUGGGACGUGGACUGGUAAGUUAAUAAUUUUCUAUCAUAGUAUUUUUUAUACACAAACUUGUUUAUUGACUCUUAUUAAUCUAUGCAAUGUUAUUUGAAAUUAUUUUUUCAUGCAUUUUCCUUUAGAGUUUAAAUCGAGUAAGUAAAUUUAAAUUCCAAUUAUAUUACAAAUAAAACACUAUGCACAAAAAAAUCACCUAAAAUUAUUGUUUUUAUAACAGCAAGACACGCUUUGGGGUCAGGUAAGAUAACUAGUGGAUGAAUUUGGUGUACAGUGUUAAAGCUUUAUAGUGCAUUAUUUAAAAUUUAAACAAAUUUGCAGUAAAAACCAUAUACUAUAUUCAAUAUAUUUAGAAUGGUUCUUUUUUCAUAGUAUAAUGAGUUUAUAACAAGUUUCUUAGUUUUUUAAUAGUUUUAUUAAUAUUUAUUACUAGGGCUGGGAUAUCGGUGUACUUGGCAUUUUUAUCUAAGGCUUGCUGUACGAUGCUCAUAUUGUCACAAAUUAGUUUCAUUUACUUUUGAACGAGAAUAAGAAAGUUUAUUCUACAUUUAUUGACAAAUUUCAGUGUUUAAUUUUCUUUAUUUUCUAGAGCAUUUUAGGGAGCAUUUUUUGAGUUUUUAAAUCCAAAAUUUGAACUUAAAAUUUUAUCUUAAGAUUUUCACACACUAAUAUGGUUUUUCUAUAAACCAUAAACCAUAUUAAGUUGGAACUCAUAUAAUACGAUACAAUAUUUAUGAAUAGACAGUAAUAAUCUCAAAAUCUAAAUAAUGAAGGUUAAACAGAUAACUUCUAAGACAAAAUCAACGUGGUGUUUUUAGAAUCAUUAGAUAGAUUUUCUAUUAAUAAUCAUGUUGGAGCAAUAAAAUAAACUUUAUUUUUCAGUACUAGUUUUUUUAUUCUUAAGUGAAUCUAUAAUAUUAUAAUUUAUAUCAAAAUUAUUAAAAAUAACAUAGUUUUAGUACAUUAUUUAGAAUUUCCAGAGCAUUAAAGUAUUUUUCAGGGUUUUAUAGGGCAUUAAAUUCCCAGCCCUAUUUAUUAUUAUUCAUUUGAGUGUGUAAUAUAAUGAUUGGGCUUAAGUUUUAGUUUAUUGCAAAUUAAUUUUCUACAGAUAGUAUUAUGUUUGUAUAUUUAUAAUUUGAAGUUAAAAAUUACAGGAAGGUUAUACCCUUGCAGUAAUGCAUAUUGGAGCUCCUGCAUGCGGUAUGAAUUCUGCUGUGCGUUCGUUUGUACGAAAUUGUAUCUACAGAGGUGAUACCGUUUAUGGAAUACAUGACGGUGUGGAAGGUUUAGUUGCAGGAAAUGUUUGUAUUUUCAUUUAUAAGUGAAUAUCAGACAUAUCAUAAUAUUAUGUUCGUCGCUUAGAUUCAAGUAAUGCAAUGGUCUGAUGUCACUGGAUGGGUCGGUCAAGGAGGUGCCAUGUUGGGAACAAAACGUACUCUUCCUGAGAAAAGAAUGCCUGAAAUCGCUGCUAGACUAAAAGAAUUUAAUAUCCAAGCCCUUUUGAUAAUUGGAGGUUUUGAGGUUGAAAACAUUCUAUACUUAUAUCAAUAAUUUGUUGUACUUACAUUUUAAUUAUUUUAGGCAUACCAAGCUGGUGUACAACUGGUUCAAAAUCGUAGCAAGUUCCCGGAAUUCUGUAUACCAAUGGUUAUUAUACCAUCAACUAUAAGUAAUAACGUACCUGGUACAGAAUUUUCAUUGGGUUGUGAUACUGCACUAAAUGAAAUUACUGAGGUUUGUUAUUUUAUAAUCAAUAAUAACAUUUAGCCAAUUAUUAUUUAAAAUAGUUUUUCAUUAUAUUAUGGUUAUUUAUCUUUGACUAAGUAGCUUUUUUAUAAAUAAAGCUUUUGUAGUAAAUCUAAUUUGUAAAAUUGUUGACCGUGUUUUAUUUUAUGUUCAGAUUUGUGAUAGGAUUCGGCAGUCUGCUCAAGGUACUAAGCGACGUGUAUUUGUUAUCGAAACCAUGGGAGGAUACUGUGGUUAUUUAGCUACUGUUGCUGGACUGGCUGGUGGUGCUGAUGCUGCUUAUAUUUAUGAAGAGAAGUUCACCAUUAAAGAUUUGCAAAAUGAUGUAUACCAUAUGGCUUCGAAAAUGGCUGAAGGUGUUCAGCGUGGUUUGAUAUUAAGGUUAGUUUAAUAAAAUAAAACAAGAAUAAUUGUUUAUAAGUUUAAAUUUCAUUUGGAAAUUGUAUUUUUAUUUUCAGAAAUGAAAAAUGUAGUGAAAACUAUAACACAGAUUUUAUAUUUAGACUUUAUACGGAAGAAGGAAAAGGAUUGUUCAGCACUCGAAUGAAUGUUUUAGGUAGUUUGCAUAGAUAAUAACCAAUUACUCACAUAAUUGAUUUUUAUUAUUAUUAAAAAUUAUUUGAAGAUAUGUAAUAAUAAUUACAAUAAUAUAUUUAAUAAAAUCAUUAUUGUUAUUUAAAUUUUUUGUUUUCCAGGCCAUAUGCAACAAGGUGGCUCGCCCACUCCAUUUGAUCGUAAUAUGGGUACCAAGCAAGCAGCAAAGUGUGUUGAAUGGCUAGUUGAAAAAUUAAGAGAAUCUACCAGACCGGACGGAACUAUUUACACUGAUAAUCCAGAUACAGCUGCAAUGAUGGGCGUUAUAAGACGACAGUAUCGUUUUACACCUUUAACUGAUUUGGUGCCUGUUACUAAUUUUGAGUGAGUGGAGUAAUAUUUUUAAAAUGUCAUUAUAACUUAUUUCAUGGUAAUAAUAUACUAUUAGAAAGAAACCAAUUACAAAUAGUGUAAUCUAAAUUAUACACAUUUAAAAAAAAAGAAAAAUAAGACAAUGGGGACAAGUGCAGCCACUGAUGUAGGUAGGAGUUUGGAAGGUAGGAUAUAGAUGGGAAUUUAAUGCAUAUUUGUAAGCAACGAUAAACCAUUGUUUACAAAAAAAACAAGUUCAGUUGAUAUAGAUGCUUUGUCAACAAUAUAUAUGUCAUUUUGUAGUAAAUAAUUAAAUAAGCUUUAUAUAUUUCCUUUAAUAAAAUUAGUUUAAUGUUGUACCAAUUUUCCUAGUUUUCUUACGUUUAUCUGGGUUUUUCACAUUUGCUGGUAAAACUCUUGGGAAAAUCAAAAAAUUACCUCUUUAAAGUUCCUCCUUAAUGAGAUUUUCUUUUAGAAACAUUGCUGUCAUUAAAAAUCAGAGCAAAAUUGCUGGUAGAAAAGUUGUACCACAGAAAAAAGAAACACUGUAAAACUAUAAAAUAUAAAUUUCAGUAUAUGUUAUAUAAUAUUAAUUUUUUGAUUAAACAUACACUGUUUAUUGUUGUCAUUAUUGUUGAAUGGUUUUGCUAAUUAUUUUGGAUUUUCUUAAUUUACAGACAACGUAUAGCAAAGACUCAAUGGUGGUUAAAACUAAGACCACUCUUACGUAUACUUGCUAAACACGAUAGUGCUUACGAAGAGGAAGGCAUGUACAUAACUGUUGAAGAAGGAUUAGAGGCAGAUACGUUACUGGCUUAG